GUCGAGCCCGCCGCGCCCCCGGACGCUCGGUGUUCCGCGUCGCGGGUUCGAGCCCCGCGUCGGCCUGCUGUGCGGUUUGCGCCCGCCGGCGCGAUGCUGUUCGACAAGGUGAAGGCCUUCGUGGUGCAGCUGGACGGGGCGCGCGCGGGCAGCGAGCCUGUGUUCCACGGGGGCCAGGCCGUGGCGGGCCGGGUGCUGCUGGAGCUGGCGGGCGCGGCGCGCGUGGGCGCGCUCAGGCUGCGCGCUCGGGGCCGCGCGCGCGCGCACUGGACGGAGUCGCGCAGCGCGGGCUCCAGCACGGCGUACACGCAGAGUUACAGCGAGCGCGUGGAAGUCGUGAACCACCGCGCCACGCUGCUCGCGCCAGACCCCGGGGACGUCGCCACGCUGCCCGCCGGACGCCACGAGUUUCCCUUCAGCUUCCAGCUGCCCAUCUCCCUGGUGACCUCCUUCGAGGGCAAGCACGGCAGCGUCCGCUACUCCAUCAAAGCCACCCUGCACCGGCCCUGGGCGCCCGCGCGCCGCGCCCGGAAGGUGUUCACCGUCAUCGAGCCCGUGGACAUCAACACGCCCACCCUGCUGGAGCCCCAGGCUGGGGCCCGGGAGAAGGUGGCCCGGUCCUGGUACUGCACCCGUGGGCUGGUGUCCCUCUCAGCCAAGAUCGACCGCAAGGGCUACACCCCAGGCGAGGCCAUCCCCAUCUUCGCGGAGAUCGACAACGGCUCCAGCAGGGCCGUGCAGCCCCGCGCCGCCCUGGUGCAGACGCAGACCUUCAUGGCCCGGGGUGCGCGCAAGCAGAAGCGCGCCGUGGUGGCCAGCGUGGACGGGGCGCCCGUGGGCCCGGGCCUCCGCGCGCUCUGGCCGGGUCGCGAGCUGCGCAUCCCCCCGGUGGGCCCGUCCAUCCUGCACUGCCGCGUGCUCAGCGUGGACUACUCGCUCAAGGUACCGCAGCCCUCGCCCCGCGCCCUCGCGUUCCGGCCGGGGCGGGGCCGGGGGCCGGGCAGUCCGCAUCGCCGCUGCUCCCCCAGGUCUGCGUGGACAUCCCGGGCUCGUCCAAGCUGCUGCUGGAGCUGCCGCUGGUCAUCGGCACCGUCCCCCUGCACCCGCUGGGCGGCCGCUCGGCCAGCGUGGGCAGCCGCGCCGGCUUCCCGCGACCCUGGGGCCUGUGGGGCCUGGGCCCCCCGAUGGAGCGGCCGGAGGGUGAGCUCGGCCGCCCAGGGACGCGCGCGGGUGGGCAGAGGCCGGGCCCGCCCGUCCCGGGGUCCCUGUGCCAGCAAUAGUCAGAACCGAAGUGGGCCCAAGUCCCCGCGGAGGCAGGGGGAUUGCUACAAGUUGCAGGUCGGCCGGGGCAACCGUGGCGCUGUCCCGGAAAGGUCCGGUUAUAACCGUGUCACCGCCCGUCGUCCCCCCAGCGCCUCCCGAGUACUCGGCGGUGGUGACGGGGACCCCGCCCCCCGCGGCCCCCGACCCCGGCCCCGGCCCGGGCGACCCCGCGGCGGCCCUGGCAGGGCCCUACCUGGCCUGUCUGCAGGAGUUCCGCUUCCGGCCGCCUCCGCUGUACUCUGAGGAGGACCCCCACCCACUCUCAGACGCCGUGAGGCCGCGCUGCAUGACCUGCUGAAGUGUGAGCGACCUCGGUACCAGGUUCGAGAUUCUCCGCCUCUGCAGCACGGGCUGAGGAGCAGCAGGCGGCUUCUGUGACUGGCGUCCCCUGGGCCUCCAGUUCUCUGCAUCCGACCAGCCAGACUUCCCUAGAGGCCUGCGGUCGGGAGAGACAGUGGAACCAGAACCAGGGGGGGCAGAAGGCUGCCAGCGGGCAUCCCGGCUGGGGCUUUGGCGUUUGAACAGGAGCUCGCUCCGCAAGCCGACAAGACAGGAAAUGGUUGGAGCCCAGAGCGCCCGCCGCCCCAUGUUAGGGUGGGGAGCCCGGGUGUGCAGGGCUUAGACAUGGCCACACUGGGAGGUGAGCAGACAGAGGCCCAGGGACAGACGUGUGGGCAGUGAGGGUCCGGGGCUCCGGCUUCCGAGGCCUGGUGACCGGGCGAGUCCAGAGCUGCGCGUGACCCGCCCGGAGAGGCUCUGCUCGGUCCGGAUCCAGACACGCUGGCCUGGCGGGAGGAAGGGACCCGGGCCGUGGGCAUCCGGGUCACCGCCGCCAGGACCCGCCGUCCCGCGGGGACCCCGCCACUCUGCACAUUAAAGGCGGCUCUGUGGACGCGGGUCCGAGUCUCACUGCGGCUCUGUGGACGCGGGUCCGAGUCUCACUGCGGCCCCGACCCGCCCGGACCUCACCGGGGCCCCCGCCGCUCCGGUCACCAGAUCCGGUGCAUUCCGUCAGUGCUCACAGGGGCGGGAAGGGGCCUCAGGGCCUGGAACCCGGUGGAUGGAG